GAGAGAAAGUCAAACUGCUGCCACAGGCGGUGAGUCAUUUCUGCAGUCGGGACCGAAGCGGCCAAAAUUGACUUGAAGGCUGUUUGGUGUAAAUCAACAGCACAUCCGCUGGUGAGGCUUCUGCGUGCCAUUCUAGCUCUUCCGAAGGAUUUACCUAGACAAACUGAUUCUUGGGAUGUGAAGAGAAAAAAGAGGAUUUUGGAAGCUGCGGCCACCUGUUGCACUGCACAAGCUAGAAAUAUUUUGACGCAGACUGUAGUUUAUUGAAUAGUAACAAACCUGUCAUAGAUAUCCGACAGUCUUGACCUCCGGCUGACCAACUUCGGUAAAGAUGACCUUUGCGAUGCUGCGCACGGCGCCUCCAGCAGGCCGCUUCUUGUAUGGUGACAUCGCUCUCCUCUCCGAGGAUGAUGACGAGAACGGUAGCGAGGGAUCGGGUUCGGAGGAGCGCUCGGCCGCCUUCCGCCUGUCGUCUUCAUCCCCGUCUGCCUUUCACAUCAAGGUGAACAGGAAGAGGAAGCUCUGCGUGGGAAGUGCAGGGGUGGAGGCUGUGCUCGAGAGGCUCGGGGUCCCAGGCUCAUCCCCCCCUACUGAAAUCCGCCAGAGGACAGCGGCCAAUGCUCGCGAGAGGGAUCGGACCAAUUCCGUCAACACAGCGUUUACCGCCCUGCGCACGCUCAUUCCUACUGAGCCUGCAGACAGGAAGCUGUCAAAGAUCGAGACACUGCGCUUGGCCAGCAGCUACAUCAGUCAUCUGGGGAACGUUUUGCUCCUGGGCGAGGGGCUUCAUGACGGACAGCCCUGCCACGCCCCAUCGCCACCGUUCUUCCACGUCAGCUCCUCCCCGAACAGAGGCUCCGAUCCAUCAGGCCAGCCCAAGCACAUCUGCACAUUCUGCCUCAGCAACCAGAGGAAAAUGAACAAAGACAGAGACAGGAAGACGGCCAUCAGAAGUUAACAACCAUGCAGCACCUGGGCAUUUAUUUUUUUUAGGACUCGUCAGACGUGCGAUGAUGCAUUUCUGAGACUUUUCAACAAGUACUACAGCACUUCUCGGACUUUGUACAGGAACUUUCUUUGUAUAACUCUUUCUACAGCGCCCUUAAGGAACCCUUUGAGUUUUUCACCUUGGAAAAGAGAGCUUGUCUUUGACACGCAUAUAAAACCGUUUAAUUGUGGGACUUCAGGACUGCGGUGUAAAGAGCUUUUGGCCCAUGGUCACAGGAACAGGACAAAUGUGUUUUCAUCAAAAGCUGUGUUAUUAUUGUGUAAACUGUAAUAUAGAUUGAUAUUUAUGUGACAUAACAUUAUAUAAUGAAACUAUGUUAUUUAACAGGCAUAUCACAAUCUUGGAAAAUAAUAAUGAAGAGUGGCCUGCGUGCAAAGUGUUGCCACUACUCACAAGUUUAUGGCAUUAUCUGGCAGUUACAUGCGGGAAGUUUUUUUUUAAUGUGAGAAUAUAUUUUGUGUU